AUCACCAGAAACUGGAACGUGAAGCUCGAAUUUGCCGUCUUCUUAAGCAUCCAAAUAUUGUGCGACUCCAUGACAGUAUUUCAGAAGAAGGUUUCCAUUACCUCGUCUUUGAUCUGGUUACUGGUGGGGAGCUCUUUGAGGAUAUUGUUGCUAGAGAAUACUACAGUGAAGCAGAUGCCAGCCACUGUAUUCAUCAGAUACUGGAGAGUGUGAAUCACAUUCACCAGCAUGAUAUCGUGCACAGGGACUUGAAGCCUGAGAAUUUACUACUAGCGAGUAAAUGUAAGGGUGCUGCUGUCAAACUGGCUGACUUCGGACUGGCCAUAGAAGUCCAGGGAGAGCAGCAGGCCUGGUUUGGCUUUGCUGGUACUCCAGGCUACCUCUCCCCUGAAGUCUUAAGAAAAGAUCCUUAUGGAAAACCAGUGGAUAUAUGGGCAUGUGGAGUGAUUCUGUACAUAUUACUAGUGGGGUACCCUCCCUUUUGGGAUGAAGAUCAGCACAAACUCUAUCAGCAGAUCAAAGCCGGAGCCUAUGACUUCCCAUCACCUGAGUGGGACACUGUGACUCCUGAAGCCAAGAAUUUGAUCAACCAGAUGCUGACGAUAAACCCAGCAAAGCGUAUCACAGCUGACCAGGCUCUCAAACACCCAUGGGUCUGUCAACGAUCCACUGUGGCAUCCAUGAUGCACAGGCAGGAGACUGUGGAAUGUUUGAGAAAGUUCAAUGCUAGAAGGAAGCUAAAGGGUGCAAUCCUCACGACGAUGCUUGUGUCUCGGAAUUUUUCAGCUGCCAAAAGCCUGCUGAACAAGAAGUCAGAUGGAGUGAAGCCACAGAGCAACAACAAAACCAGUGUAGUAAGCACUGCAAAAGAAACAUCCCCAGUGCAGACGUCCAUGGAGCCUCAAACAACUGUUGUCCAUAAUGCUACAGAUGGCAUAAAGGGUUCUACAGAGAGCUGUAAUACCACGACUGAAGAUGAGGAUCUGAAAGCUCCCCCUCUCUCCACCGGGGACGGCAGCUCAGUGCUUGAAGGACGGAGGCACAGUGAGAGCAAAACACAGACUGAGUCCAUGCAGUCCCAGCUUUCUCUCUGUUUCUCAGCCACUACACAGUCUUGUGAAGAGAAGCUCCAUGCCUGGGACAGCCCAGGGCAGACAUUGGAGUUAGAGCGUGCUCGGUCGGAGCCUUUGCUAACUCCAGUAGUUCCCUUUGUACUUAACCGAGCACCGUUGCGUAAACAAGAGAUCAUUAAGAUAACAGAGCAGCUGAUAGAGGCCAUCAACAAUGGAGAUUUUGAGGCUUAUACAAAAAUCUGUGAUCCUGGCUUGACCUCAUUUGAACCUGAAGCACUGGGGAACCUGGUUGAAGGAAUGGAUUUCCAUAAGUUUUACUUUGAAAACUUACUGUCGAAGAACAGCAAGCCAAUCCACACGACCAUCCUGAACCCGCACGUCCACGUCAUUGGGGAGGAUGCCGCCUGCAUCGCGUACAUCCGCCUGACGCAGUACAUCGACGGCCAGGGCCGGCCCCGCACCACGCAGUCCGAGGAGACCCGUGUCUGGCACCGCCGAGAUGGCAAGUGGCUCAAUGUCCACUACCACUGCUCUGGAGCUCCUGCAGCACCUCUCCAGUGAGGAUCAAAUACGGCAUCUUGUGGAGAUACUCAGCUGGAGGGCAAUAUCUUCUUAGCAAGCAGCUCUGGAGUGCCUGAGUGACAGCAACGGUCAUGUCUGUUUUGACGUUAAAAAAAUAAAUACAAAUUACAAACAGGCAGCAGCCAAAUGCACGAAACCCUGCAUGCAUCUGAUGCUCCGGGCGCUGCCUUUCUGUUGUUUUCCAUGGAUCCAUCGUGUCUGUUUCUGCUGUACGAAGGUGUUUUUAAAUCUAAAAAAAAGACAUGUUGUUUGUAUAAAAUAAUAAAAAACAGAAAUAAUGCUAAAUAAAUGACAGAUUAUCCAACAUGCCCCCUCCCCCAGGGCUAAGAAAGUGGCAGCAGCCGGAACAUCUUUCAGAAAUGAAGUGAGGGGGAAAGCAAAAGUGAAGGAAAGAGAGAGGGAGAGCAAGAAAGGAGGCGGCUUGAGCAGCGGAUGGCUGAACUGUGCUCCGCAAAGCGAUGGUGGAAGCUAAUACUGCAUUCGGGCUGUGCUGCAAUUACAGUCGAUGAGAGGUGGCAAGGAGACCCCAGARGAGCCAGUGUGAAGACUGGGGUUCAAGAGAGAGGAGGUGCUUCUCUUCCUGUUACCCAGCAGUCUGACUUCAGCCUGUUUCUUCUUCGAUUUCUGCACAGCAAGAACGCUAUGGAAAGCUGGUUGCUCGGCUGCUGGAUCCCAAAACAGACUUGUC